UUAUGUUUAUUUCCAAAGUAAAUAGCUAUCUUUAAGAUGAAUGCACUUAUUGUAAAUCUCACUGGAUAAGACCAUCUACUAAAUCAGGAGUUCUCAAUCAGGGGUCUGUGGAGGUGCUGCAGGGGUUCCGCGGCACCCUGACUGUACUCGUUGCAGUGAGACAUUUGAUAGAAUUUUCACGACACGACCACUUUGCUACUCUUAAUUAUUGACUAAUAUAAUGGAAUGCAUAUUUUUUUAACCAAUCGUUGAAAGAUCGUUUUUACAAGCAGAAUUUUGACAAUAUUACCGUUAUAUCAACUCACUCUUCACACCUGUUUAACAACUCUAAAUAGCUUUGGCACAGUAGGCAUCAAGUCCCUUGCCAAUAAUGUUGCCUACAACGUUGCAUACAAUGUUCAUUUUCAUCCAACACAUAUUACGCCCUAGAUGCCUUCAAUUGCACAAUUUAUAGCCAUGCCCAAUUCAGGAUUGUUUUUAACAAUUUGAUGUUGCGCUCCAAAGGGAUAAUUUGAAAUAAUAUGAUGUAGAUAAUUAAAUAAUCAAAAGAAAAACGUGUUAAUUAUACACUCUUCGAAAAUAAGGUUCCUUAUAGAACCAAAAAGGCUUCUGAAACUUCCUUCAUAUAUGGAACCACUAAAAGGUAUACAUAUUUUUGGGUUCAGUGAAGAAGAACCUCUAGAGUUCUGAUCAUCAAAAGGCAAAUGUUUUGAGGACGUGAACCCAGCAGCCCUCCAGCGGUCAGAUCAAGUCCACCCGUUUUGGGAUUCGAACCAGCCACCUUUCAGCCACAGCUCCAACUCCUUAGCCACUGGACGAAAACCUGAGGUAAUCUUCAGAAAUAAGCAAGAGUUAAUCUGCCAAAAUGAAGACAAAAUGCUAUGCAGACAUACAUGGUAUAGAAAUAUCAAAAGAUUAUUUUUAACUACUACAAAGCAUUUCCAUGUGGCACAGGGACCACUGACUCGCUGCAUUAUUCUAUAAUAUUAUAAAGACACCUGCUGUUAACUCUUAACUACUUAGGACAGCUCACGAGGUGUCCUAAAUAUCUGCCGACUAGGUGGGACUAGAGACUUCAUGCAUAGCUUUAAUUUAUACCCAUAAAUGUAAAAUGUCUUUAUUCUCAGCACUUAUACGACCAAUUUUCUACUCUGAGACGCUUUGUGGAUAUGGGCCCAGAUCUCAAAAAAUUGUUAUAAAAAACGUAGAAUGUUUAACAUAAUAAUAAAAUAAAAAAAUAUUACUAAAGUAACCCACUGUAAAGACUGGGUUUAGUUGAUUGUGUUGCACUGCUCAUGUCCACGUUGCGUCUGCGCCCACGUUCGGUUUUACGCCAAGGAUAUUGUCCAGUCAUACGCGCAGAGUGGGAUGAGGUGAUCUUGGUGAAUAACAGCGAAAUUCGCUACAGUGUUGAGACGCCAAAGUUUAUUGUUCAAUUUGCUUUUUGCUUAAUGGUCAGGGACAGUAUGAGUGUAGCCAGAUCCUUUUCACUCCCUAUCCAUGUUUCAUUUUGUGGUUCACCAGAUUCGUCAUCAUCCUCGAGACGAGGGACAGACGAACGGCCUGCUAGCUAGCCAAGCUAGUUGGUACAGCUCGUCCAAUCAAGCAGGAGAGACCAGCCUCCCCUGUACCCAGCUGUGUGUCCAUGAAGAGUGACAGAUCUAUGCGUCUACCUAUAGAGUUUAGAGAGGGAGACUUUUCUACAGAACAAAGAAACCAACAGGAGAGAUCAGAGUCAGAGAUACUCAGUGGUCAGUCUUCCCAGAGUCAUCAACCAGACCUGGACUCCAUAUUCAGCUUGCUUGAACAGAAUAUUAUGACAUUUGUGAAGAACGAGCUGAAGAUGUUCAAGAGGAUUCUUAGUCCAGAACUCCCAGAAGGCUUUGAGAGUCAGAAGCAGGAUAAGGAAGUGGUAGACACUGAAGAUGAGAAGCAGGAGAGCAGUGCCAGAGAGGGGGCUCUGAAGAUCACACUGCACGUCCUGAGGAAAAUGAACCAGAAAGAGCUUGCUGACACACUGGUGAAAAAUUCAGAUGAGCUUGCUGUGAUUUGCCAACGUGAACUCAAAUCUAAUCUAAAGAAGAAGUUUCAAUGUAUAUUUGAGGGGAUCGCUAAACAAGGAAACCAAACACUUCUCAAUAAGAUCUACACAGAGCUCUACAUCACAGAGGGUGGAACAGGAAAGGUCAACAAUGAACAUGAGCUGAGACAGAUUGAGACAACAACCAGGAAACAAGCAAGACCAGAGACUGCAAUCAAAUGUAACGAUAUCUUCAAACCCUUAACUGGACAAGACAAACUUAUCAGAACUGUGCUGACAAAGGGAGUCGCUGGCAUUGGAAAAACAGUCUCUGUGCAGAAGUUCAUUCUGGACUGGGCUGAAGGAAAAGCAAAUCAGGAUGUCCAAUUUGUAUUUUCAUUCCCUUUUCGGGAGCUGAAUUUGAUGAAAGAGCACAAAUACACUAUCAUUGAACUCCUCAAUCACUUCUCAAUAGAAACCAAACAAUCAAGAAUCUCCAACUACAACAAGUACAAAGUUCUGUUCAUCUUUGAUGGUCUGGAUGAGUGCCGACUGCCCCUAGACUUCCAGAAGAACAAGAUCUGUUGUGACGUCACAGAGUCAACCUCAGUGGAUGUUCUAAUGACAAAUCUCAUCAGGGGAAAUCUGCUUCCCUCUGCUCUCCUCUGGAUAACUACCCGACCUGCAGCAGCCAAUAACAUCCCUUCAGGGUGUGUUGACCAGGUGACAGAGGUACAAGGGUUCAAUGACCCACAGAAGGAGGAGUACUUCAGGAAGAGAUUCAGUGAUGAGGACCUGGCCAGCAGAAUCAUCUCACACAUAAAGACAUCAAGGAGCCUCCACAUCAUGUGCCACAUUCCUGUCUUCUGUUGGAUUUCUGCAAUUGUCCUUGAACACAUGCUGAAACAUAAGAGAGAAGAGAUGCCCAAGACUCUGACUGAGAUGUACACACACCUUGUGGUGUUUCAUACCAAACAGAAGAAUAAAAAGUAUAUUGGGAAAGAAGAGACAGGUCCACAAUGGAAUAAAGAAAGAAUUCUGUCACUGGGAAAAUUGGCUUUUCAACAGCUUGUGAAUGGCAAUCUGAUUUUCUAUGAAGAAGACCUGAAUGAGGCUGGCGUUGAUGUCAAUGAAGCCUCAGUGUACUCAGGAUUGUGCACGCAGCUCUUUAAAGAGGAAUGUGGGCUGUUCCAGGACAAGGUGUACUGCUUUGUUCAUCUGAGCAUUCAGGAGUUUCUGGCUGCUGUAUAUGUGUUCCUCUCAUUCAUCAACAACAAUGAGAAUCUAAUGGACAAACUGCAAACAAAAGACAAGUCUGAUGUUACGUUCUACAAGAGUGCUGUGGAUAAAGCCUUACAAAGUGAGACGGGAAACCUGAACCUUUUCCUCCGCUUCCUUCUGGGCCUCUCACUGGAGUCCAAUCAGAAGCACUUACGAGGUCUACUGACAAAGACAAGAAGCAGCUCAAAGAGCCACGAAGAAACAGUCAAGUACAUCAAGGAGAAGAUCAGGGAGAAUCCUUCUCCAGAGACAUGCAUCAAUCUGUUCCACUGUCUGAAUGAACUGAAUGACCAUUCUCUAGUGGAGGAGAUCCAAAGCUUCCUGAGAUCAGGAAGUCUCUCAGAAGCUAAACUGUCACCUGCACAGUGGUCAGCUCUGGUCUUUGUGUUGAUGACUUCAGAAAAGGAGCUGGAUGUGUUUGACCUGAAGAAAUACACCAGAUCAGAGGAAGGACUUCUGAGGCUGCUGCCAGUGGUCAAAGCCUCCAGAGCUGUUCUGCUGUCAGGCUGUGGAAUCACAGAGGAAGGCUGUGCUUCUCUGGUCUCAGCUCUGAGGUCAAACCCCUCACACCUGAGAGAGCUGGAUCUGAGUAACAAUGACCUGAAGGAUUCAGGAGUGAAGCAGCUCUCUGCUGGACUGGGGAAUCCCCACUGUAAACUGGAGACUCUGAGGCUGUCAGGCUGUCUAGUCACACAGGAAGGAUGUGCUUCUCUGGUCUCAGCUCUGAGGUCAAACCCCUCACACCUGAGAGAGCUGGAUCUGAGCUACAAUCACCCAGGAGACUCAGGAGUCAGACUGCUCUCUGCUGUACUGGAGGAUACACACUGCAGACUGGAGAAACUCAAUGUGGAACAUGGUGGAGAGUACACAACGGAACCUGGGCUUAGAAAAUAUGUCUGUGAUCUCACACUGGACCAAAACACAGUUAACAGACGCAUCUCUCUGUCUGAGGAGAACAUAAAGGUGACAUGUAGGAGAGAGAAGCAGCCGUAUCCUGAUCACCCAGAGAGAUUUGAGUACUGUAGACAGGUGCUGUGUAGAGAGGGUCUGACUGGGCGCUGUUACUGGGAGGCAGAGUGGAGUGGGAGAAGGGCUGGUAUAGGAGUGACAUAUAAAGGAAUCAGCAGGAGAGGAGAGGGUGAUGACUGUUGGCUUGGAUACAAUGACAAGUCCUGGAGUCUGUUCUGCUCUGACAACAGUUACAUUGCCAGGAACAAUAAUAAUCACACUACCAUAGUCGUCCCCUCCUCCAGCUCCCACAGAGUAGGAGUGUAUCUGGACUGGCCAGCCGGCACUCUGUCCUUCUAUAGAGCCUCCUCUGACACACUGACCCACCUGAUCACGUUCACCUCCACAUUCACUGAGCCCCUCUAUCCAGGGUUUAGGGUUUAUAAAGACUCCUCAGUGUCCCUGAAAUAAUCUGCCUGAAAAAUCAGUUUCUGGAUCACAGGUUCUAGAACAGCUUCUAUCCCAGUUCUAUCUGCCUGUUAAAUCAGUUUCUGGAUCACAGGUUCUAGAACAGCUUCUAUCACAGUUCUAUCUGCCUGUUAAAUCAGUUUCUGGAUCACAGGUUCUAGAACAGCUUCUAUCCCAGCUAUAUCUGCCUGUUGAAUCAGUUUCUGUAUCACAGGUUCUAGAACAGCUUCUAUCUCAGUUCUAUCUGCCUGAUAAAUCAGUUUCUGGAUCACAGGUUCUAGAACAGCUUCUAUCCCAGUUCUAUCUGCCUGUUAAAUCAGUUUCUGGAUCACUGGUUCUAGAACAGCUUCUAUCCCAGUUCUAUCUGCCUGUUAAAUCAGUUUCUGGAUCACAGGUUCUAGAACAGCUUCUAUCUGCCUGUUAAAUCAGUUUCUGUAUCACAGGUUCUAGAACAGCUUCUAUCCUAGUUCUAUCUGCCUGUUAAAUCAGUUUCUGGAUCACAGGUUCUAGAACAGCUUCUAUCCCGGUUCUAUCUGCCUGUUAAAUCAGUUUCUGGACCACAGGUUCUAGAACAGCUUCUAUCUCAGUUCUAUCUGCCUGUUAAAUCAGUUUCUGGAUCACAGGUUCUAGAACAGCUUCUAUCCCAGUUCUAUCUGCCUGGUUAAAUCAGUUUCUGGACCACAGGUUCUAGAACAGCUUCUAUCCCAGUUCUAUCUGCCUGUUAAAUCAGUUUCUGUAUCACAGGUUCUAGAACAGCUUCUAUCCCAGUUCUAUCUGCCUGUUAAAUCAGUUUCUGGAUCACAGGUUCUAGAACAGCUUCUAUCUGCCUGUUAAAUCAGUUUCUGGAUCACAGGUUCUAGACCAGCUUCUAUCCCAGUUCUAUCUGCCUGUUAAAUCAGUUUCUGGACCACAGGUUCUAGAACAGCUUCUAUCCCAGUUUUAUCUGCCUGUUAAAUCAGUUUCUGGAUCACAGGUUCUAGAACAUCUUCUAUCCCAGUUCUAUCUGCCUGUUAAAUCAGUUUCUGGAUCACAGGUUCUAGAACAGCUUCUAUCUCAGUUCUAUCUGCCUGUUAAAUCAGUUUCUGGAUCACAGGUUCUAGAACAGCUUCUAUCCCAGUUCUAUCUGCCUGUUAAAUCAGUUUCUGGACCAUAGGUUCUAGAACAUCUUCUAUCCCAGUUCUAUCUGCCUGUUAAAUCAAUUUCUGUAUCACAGGUUCUAGAACAGCUUCUAUCCCAGUUCUAUCUGCCUGUUAAAUCAGUUUCUGGAUCACAGGUUCUAGAACAGCUUCUAUACCAGUUCUAUCUGCCUGUUAAAUCAGUUUCUGGACCACAGGUUCUAGACCAGCUUCUAUCCCAGUUCUAUCUGCCUGUUAAAUCAGUUUCUGGACCACAGGUUCUAGAACAGCUUCUAUCCCAGUUUUAUCUGCCUGUUAAAUCAGUUUCUGGAUCACAGGUUCUAGAACAUCUUCUAUCCCAGUUCUAUCUGCCUGUUAAAUCAGUUUCUGGAUCACAGGUUCUAGAACAGCUUCUAUGCCAGUUCUAUCUGCCUGUUAAAUCAGUUUCUGGACCACAGGUUCUAGAACAGCUUCUAUCCCAGUUCUAUCUGCCUGUUAAAUCAGUUUCUGUAUCACAGGUUCUAGAACAGCUUCUAUCUCAGUUCUAUCUGCCUGUUAAAUCAUCAACCUAAACUGUUUUCAUCAGACUAUUAGAACAUGGCUGAAUCUUUUGGUUCCUUUUCUGAUCUUUUACCACUUUGCUUUAUUUAUGAUAUAUUUUACUGUUUGUGUAAAAGGAGGUUGGUGGGACCUUAAAUGUGGAGGACAGGCUUGUAAUGGCUGGAGGGGAAUACGUGGAAUGGUAUCAAACACGUGGUUUCCAUGUGUUCCAUUUCAUUCACUCUGUUCCAGACAUUAUUAUGAGCCGUCCUCCCCUCAGCAGCCUCCACUGGUAUGUACUGUCCUAUAUGUGAGAGAGCUCCAACAAGGAAUUACAAUGUAUGUAUGUAAAAGUAUUUAAUACCUGCAAAUGGCAAAUAAACUACUUGAACUCCUUAUGAAUGCCUGCAGCUGACUAGGCUGUUGGCGUUUGACAAGAGGUGAAAAUAUUACAGGAAUAUUCUGCAAAUUUUGAUGAAGACGUCACUCAAUCCACCCAAAACAACAUGCAGUCUUUCCACAAGACUCCCAUGAAGUUAUAGUGUGACGUUAAAGUAACAUUCUCAGAACAUACUGCACUUGUUUUAUACUGUUUUAGAUGGAUCCUCUGUUUAAACAUUUAAACUCUUACAAUAACACCAUUAAAAUACCAAUGUGAUCUUUUGAUGUAUGUCUUUCAUGUUGAAAAACUAAUUGUACAAUUGUAUAUGGACAUAUGCUCCAUAGUUGUACAAGGAUAUAUUGUACUUUUCAUAAUAAAACAACAAGAAAAGGCA